AUGUUACAACAUCCUAAGUAAAGCACACAUAAAUUCGAAAUUUUACCAGAAACAACUACAAAAAUUAAUUAUUCUUCAUACGCUAAUGCUAUUAAUUUGAAAAAGACUCUGAUAAUCAUAGGAACAGGCCGUAAAAUUUAAGUAUAUGAGAUCCCUUAUAUAAAUGGAGAACCAAAGUAGCUGAAAUUGAUUUAAAAACUUAAAGAACAUUCAAAUGAUGUUUUAGCCCUUUAAUUCUUUAAUCUGCCAUAAAAAAAUGACUCUUUCGUCUCUGGUGCUGCAAUGGUUGAUAAUUCAAUAAUCAUAUGGUCAUAGGUACAAAAUCCAAACAGCCCUAUUUAAUAUGGUAUGUAGUAUAGAUUGAAGGGACACUAGGAUUAGGUGUCCAACUUACUUAUUCAUCCAAUUAGAGAGGAUAUUAUUAUUUCAGGUUCUCAAGAUUCAACAAUAAAAUUCUGGUCAAAAGAUCAUGAAUGGAGUUGUUAGCAAACAAUGAAUGAAUUUANAAAUGGUACAAUUAAAAUAUUUGAAUUAAUAAAUGAAUUGAUGAAAGAAAAAUAGAUACUUAAAUAUCAUACAGAUGCUGUCUAUUGCUUAUAGUUUAUGACUAAAUCUAAUCAAUUUGUCUCUGGAAGUGGAGAUGCAAGUCUAAUAAUCUGGUCGAUCAAUGAUAAGCAAGAAUGGUUUAAAAGUUCUAAGUUGAUAGGACACACUCACAUUAUGAUGUGUUUAACGAUAGAUUAUAGUGAAAAUUUGAUAUUUUCAGGGAACUGCGAUCGAUCUAUUAAAAUUUGGGAUAAGUAGUAAAAUUAUGAAUGUAUCUAAACUAUAAAUGAAAUACCAGGAGACAUAUAAUCAUUAAGUUUGAAUUCUGGAUAAAACAUGCUGAUUUCUUGUUUUGAAUAAUCAAAUUAGAUAAAUGUGUAUGAAAAAUUUCAUAAUAAAUGGAAUUUUUACAAGAUGAUAUCAGUAUAGCUUUGGGGACAUAGACUAUGUUUUAUAGACAAGCAAAGAUUUGCAUUUUAACCUUAUGCGUCUAAUUUCAUGGAAAUUUAUGAAUUAAAUCGAAAUACGAAGGUGUUUACUUAAAUACAUUAAGUUGAGGUGUAAUCAAGUUAUAAAUGUGAUGCUUUAUUCCCUUAGCAAUUUAAUAAAUAAAAAUCUAUUUUAAUAACCAAGAAUGGUUAGCAUGUGAAUUUAUACAGAAUUAUGCCAGAUAAAACAAUUUUAAGUUAAGAACCAAUAAAGUUUUGUAAUGAAUUCGUAUAUGGAGCAUUAGAUAAAAAGGGUGAAUAUUUAAUUACAUGGGAUGAUUUUUCUUAACAAAUAUAAUUAAGAAAAUACAAAGAAAAGAAUUGA